AUGAAGGCGAAUGAUGUUCUUACUCCAUUUGUCGAAAAGAAACGAUCACAGCAGUUACCCCAAUCUCAAGCAGCCGCAAACUUUCAGUCUCAACCAUCUCUAAAUGCUUGUCAAGCAUCCAGUUCAAACAAGGAAGAUGGCGCACAAGCAAAGCAGGGGUUAUCUCUUGAUCAGCUACGACUAGAGGAAGAGAAGAGAGUUCUAAAGGAAGAACAAAGAAGUCUAGAAGAAAGAGAAGAGAACCUCAAACGAGAAGAACACGAACAGCAGGAAAGGGAACGUAAGAUCAAGGAGAGGGAAAUGGAGCUGUUGAGGAAACAGGUAAGAAAAAUAGAAUGUUUUUAUGAAAAUAUAACCUUGUUAUUCUAGGAAGAAGUUCAAAGAUUUUUAAUGGAAAAGGAGAAGGAACUCGAGAGGGAACGAGUACAGGUCCUUGAGUACGAGCAGCAAAGACGAGAGGAGUUGAGACAGCUUGAGGAACAGCUGAAGGAGAGUCUUGGGCAACAACACCGGCCAGAACGUGAAGAAUUUUUGGUACAAUAUAAAGAAACCAUGAGAAACAAGAUGAAGGAUGUGGGAAUUCAAUGGGGGAAACGAAAUUUAAGCAAGUUCUUUGAGCGUAUAGCCUAUUCUCAAAAAGAUACAUUGGGAUUGAUUGAAUGGAUGGGUAUUAUGGACACCAUUUUAGACAUGAGAUGGUAAGUUGCGCAAUUCAUUUUUUCAUGCAACAUUUUUUUAGGGUUAUGUGGUAGCUUAAUAAUAAGGUUUUUAGUUCAUUACGUGUAUUUUUCAGCGUUUCGCAAGAUAUAGAACCAGGCUGCAGAACGGAAUCUAUGGAAUUAGCGCUUGGUAUGUUUACUGAUUGGGUUAAUUCGCUGAGCAAAGAAGAGGUACAAAACUAUUGGUCAGAACAUAUUAAAUAA